AUGUCAGGCGGAGAGACGAAGAAAUGGAAGAAGGUGGUUAGCAGGGGACGUUUUGGUAAUGCAAAACUCUUUGUGGAUAAAGAUGCUAAGAAGAGACCAAACAUUCCUAAGAAUUCCAUUGUCUUUCCAUAUUCAAGUAAGGAGCAAGUUCUCGAAAUGGCGAUGGUUAUUCGAGGUAUUUGCAUUGGGAGUGUCCCUUGGGAGAAUGAGAAAAACAAAAUUGCUCACAUUGACCUUAUUCCAACGUAUAGGAUGCUAAACUAA